GCCUUAAUGCCCAUGGAUGUAUCUCAAAUUUCAUCGGACCUGUCCAAAGGCACUUGUCUCAGAAUGGACCUGUCACCGUGAUUAUAACUAUAGCUAUCAGUAAUGUCUCUUGUUAUAGUAGUCUCAGUGUAGAGCUGAAGAUCCCCUCUGUGACAGUACUUGGCCAGGACUACAAUUAGUGUUUUACAGAUAAAUCUUUGUCAGAUUCUAGCUUACAUGAUCUUACAUUGGAGACAUUUACAGGUGUUUAUUUUUUAAAGAUGGGUAAUUUGACGGAAAACUGUAAAUGAGAAUUUGAUGAUCGAACCUAUGUUAUCAUUGUGUGAGUUUGAUUAAACAUAGAUGUAACGGAAUAAUGCACCGACAGUAGAUGUUACGAUGUCUUUCCACCGACAGGGAUGUUACGCAGAGUUUACCCACCCUUCACUUAAAGAUUCUAUCAACCAAAACAACAUUUCAACACUAAAAUUAUCACUUUUAGUUGCAGAAUUCGCUCAGCAGAUGGCAGCAGCUCAUGAACAGUUUGCCAAGGAAGUUCAGGCAGUCAUUGGUACAUUUAGACGUAAAAAUAAUGAAUUCCAAUUUGAACGACCAGUUGACUCACCUUCAUCCAUACAGAAAGCCUGGGAAUCACUUCUUCAUGAGACUGAAAUGGAUGCACAGGCACACCUGGAUGCUGCAAGUCUACUUAUAAAUAAUGUGUAUAAACCUUUGGAAGAAGUGGCCAUACACAAACAGAGUCAGGCUCAUAAACUCAACGACUUCAGAGACAAGUUUGAAGAAAUGUUACAGAAAGUGGAAAACCAGAUAGAUAAUGCAGAGAAAGAUUAUAUAGUGGCUUAUAAUCAAUAUGAAGAUUGUCAUAUAAAUAAAUCCAUGCUGUACAAUGCACACAACGAAUACAUUUUCCAGCUACGGGCUUCCAACAGGAGUAUAGACCAAUUUCAGAUAGCCAUUCCACAGGUUUUAGAGGAAUUAGAAGAAAUCUACAUAGAUACUAGCAACACGAUCAAUGUAGCUAUAGAAAGCCAUGCAUUAUUACUUCUGACAAAGGCUAAUGAACAGCAUAGAAGAUUUGAAGACCUGUUACAGAUCUGUCGUCAAGUGAACCCUCAGCUGGAUAUUUCUUACUUUGUAAAUGCUCUGAAUCCUGAAUGUGCCAAGUUUGAACUGAAACAUCACAAGUUUCACCCAGUAGAUAGCAGUGAGAAUGAAGAUUGUACUUGCCUAUGUCAAAACCAAUUAAUCAUCGACAAAUCAACAGAUAUGGCUUUGGUAGAAAAACGAGCUUUACUACAGAGAGAGGCUGCGGAGCUAACGUCAUACAUCACACAGAACCAGGAUAUAUCCCAUUCCUUAGUCAAUAUAUGUCAAAGAAAUUUAGCAAAUCAUCUUUAUUCAAAAGUUUAUGAGACCCAAGAAGAUAUGUGUAGAAAACGAAAUGAAAUAAGAAUGGCAAACAUUCAGUUGGCGGCAGUGAGGGCCCAGAUUGAAUUGUUAACACCAAAACAGAAUGGCACAGUGGAAAAUACGGACCAAGAUAAGCAAUAUUCAUCUGCCUCAAUCAAGGGAAUGUGGAAAAAAGCAUUCAAAAGUUUAAAGAGUUCCCCAUCAGAUUCAAAAUUAAGCAAGAAAGCAAGUUUAAAGAAAAAGCAAGGAUCAAAAGAAGAAGAGGAAGAAGAAGAACAAGGACCUAGAGAAAUAGAUCCUGUCUACAGUUUACUGAAAUGUGCAGCCGACCUACCGAAAAAUUCACGGAUACCAUGCACAGUACAUGCUCACUGUGGGGGUCACCAUCCAGAUAGUAGUUCUAGUACAUCAAAAACCUCAAGUCCUUCAUCAUCAGUUAGCCAAAGUCCGAAGACGAGGAGAAAAAAACUGAAUGCUCGCAUGAAAAGUUUUUCAUUAGAUGCCCCUGAACCUUCUAAACAUCUACUUGCCAUAGAUGAAACCACAAAGAAGAAAAGUAGUUCCUUCACUAACACAUGUUUACGAGGUUCUAGGAGUCCUGAUGAUAAAUAUGCUCUUUCUGCAACAAAUCUACGUAAAAAAUUUGCUUCAUCAGCCAAAGCCAGUUCGCUAGACAUCGAGAGUGGGGGCAUGUCUCCGUCACCUAAAGAAUCUCCGAAACCAAAUAGAAAAAACAAACAAGAUAAAGACAAAGACAAUUUAUACGUUGUGUUAUAUCAUUUUAAAGGGAAAGAGAAAGACGACAUGGAUCUCAGGGCUGGAUCAAAAGUACGAGUAACUGACAGUUCAGAUCCUGAUUGGUGGAAGGGUAAAUGUAAUGGUCGGUCUGGUUAUUUCCCAGCAAAGUAUGUGAUCACAAUACAGAAAAAUCAAAAGGUGUACCAAGUAAACCAUCCUAUGCAUCUAACUGAUGGAGAUGUUGACAUGAAACUUCACAAAGAUCAGAUUGUAUUACAGAUUGGUGAAGAAGACCAUGGCAUGAUAUUUGUCAAAGCUGCAAAUAAAAAACAAGCGAUGUGUCCACUCAAAUAUCUCAACGAAGUUUGACCCCAGCAUUUAAACACUUAAUAUACAACCACCGCAAUAUAUGUGUUCCUUUAUCAUAUACUCACACCAGUAUGGUCAUUGGUCAUUCAGUAUUGAUGUUAUAUUUCUUGUGAAGACAUGCUAGAACUAAUGUUUAUAGGUCUGUAACGAAAAGCUAUGCUUUGAUAUAUAUGUAAAAACACAUAUGUCACCAUACUUAUAAAGUGCUGAAGCAACCCUUUACGUGCAAGAUUUUCUGGCUGUGUCGAAGACCUGUUGGUGACCUUGGGCUGUUUUCUGUUAUUUGGCUGUGUUGAUUUUUACAAGGGGAGACCAAGAAACCAAGAAAUGCUGAUAUUAGGGAGGGAAAUUGUCCUGGCCUUUUCUCAAAUUUGAGUAAGAAAAAAACAUGAAAAGGUUGGAGAACGCUUACGUCUGUAAUCUAUCUGCAGUAUUAUUACAUUUUACAAAUCUUAGAAAUUAGAAAUUAAUAGAAUCAAAUAUAUUAGAAUUAAAAAUCAAAUUAACCCACAAUUAUUUGUCCUGCUGAAGCUGGUUUAUUUUCUCUGACAUAACACAUAACACUGACAUAACUUAUGUUCCCAUAGUUACCGUUCCCUGUUCUCUUUGAAUCACUGCUUUUAAAAAAUGAAUCAAUAUUUUCACUGGAAGCUUCAUAUGUAUAUACUCUUUCAAAUCAUUUUUAGUACCUAUUUAGCACAUUUAAUCUUAUAAAUUUGAUUUUUACAACAAUAUUUUGACAGCAGAGUAUUUCUACUCUUGUACUAUAUACCUAUAUAGCAUUGUCAUAUAUUAUUCUACCUCACUCAAUUUGUUACACUUUUUUUUUAUUUUUCUGAAAGCUCAUUUCAUUGUCAACAACAAUAUGUGGUCAUCUUUUAAUAUUUGGAAACAUGAAAACAUCAGCAUUAAAUCUUGCAGAUUAUUUUCAUAAAUAGAAUAUGGAUGUCAAGUAGAUUUUUUAAUAUCUUUUUUAAAAUAUUUGAUGGAGUUAAUUGAGGCAAUUUAGGUUGAAAUGUUUUCUAGGUGGUCUUUUUGCUGAUUAAUUUAAUGGAGUUAUCUCUCUUUGAAUCUAUUUUGUAUUUUGAUUAUAACAUUGUGAGUACCUUUAUAAAGUCACCAUGUGGAAAAUCGCCCCAUAUGUGUUGAAAUCCAUAUUUGGUUAUAUCUUUAUAUUCAUUUGCAUAAAUUUGAUUUAUUUUUUGGACACUCAAUUUCAUGUCCUUAUUUGGUUUUGGUCAGUAUUUUCAUUUACAUAUCAGUUUUCUUCGAAAGUUCACAGUGCUCAAAGUCCUCCUUCCACCUCCCCGUUCGUGAACAGGGGGCAAUAGGGUUACCUGGUAAAUGAUAGAGUCAUCCAUUAAAGAUUAGAAUGCAGAAACGCCAAUAACCUUUAAAAAAAUCAACGUUAAAACAAUGCGUAAAAUAGUUCUAUAAAAAUGCAGAAAACGUUGCGCUGAAAUGCGGAAACAUAAAUCUCUGAUAGAAAGAUACAAAAGUUGAUCUGUAAAUAUACAAUUGUCUUUCAUGUUUUAUUACAAUGUUAUUUCAUUCUUAAAAAGGGUUCAUAUAUGUUGAUAAGGAGAUUAACCAUGAAGGUGCAGUCACCUCAAUUUGACACUUGUUUCACAUGUUAAUUAUAAUGUGUUCUUAAUUAAUAUAUGCCAAAUAAGGGGUUAACCCAGAUUUUGCAGUUCACUAAAGAUGGAAAUGAGAGUGUGAGUCGGUCAUGUUGUCCUAUGGACACGUAUCCAUGUUUCACAUUUUAUUCAUAAUCAUUAUUGUAUACAAUUGUUUGCACAAAUGUAUUUUACAUGAAAGUAUGAUCAAAUGUUUUUUUCACAAUACCCUAAUUGAGCUUUUAUAAAAUGUUAUGGUUGUAUUGAAGAGUUAUCCACUGUUUUUGGAUAACAAUCUAGCACUUAUGUUAAUUUGUGAUUAAUCCUACAUGCAAAAUGAUUUCUCAUGCAAAAGUACCAUUAGUUUAAACAUAUUUUUUGUCCAGGACAGAAUAGUAUUAUUCAAAAGCUUUUUUUUUUAAGCAUACAAAUUAAGGCAAAGGGAAGUAACUUCAAUUUACUUGAAAAUUGUUGACAAAAACCAUCAAGUUGUCUUUAGAAAAUAUAUGUUUACUUUGGAGACAUUUGUAGAGUACUAAUUGCAACUGUUUUCGUAAUUUAGUGUUAAAAAUCAAAAUAUGCAGUUUUGUGGAUAGUUGUCUCAUUGGCAAUCAUACCACAUCUUCUUUUUUAUAGUUAAUAAUUUUGAGUUAUUCCCCUUUAAAUGGAUGAAGUUUAAACUAUUGGAAUUCCUAACACAUCCCAACAAUGUGUUUUAUUUCAUCUGUUAGACAUUGAUUAGAAGUAUAAAUUUGGCUUUUAUAAAGAAUUUGAGUAAAUAUGUUUACAUUUUUGUUGAUUAAAGGUACUUUGCAUACCUAUACAUGUUUGUAUUAAAGCAGUUAUCCUAAUCAACAAAAAAUUUGGGGGGUAUAUCUCAACAUAUUCUGGGAGUUGUUCUAUAUCAACUUAUGAUUAUAUUUGGGGU